CUGUAUGGGGGAACCAGCCUCAUGAUUGGCUGCUCUGUGUAUGCUCGCUUAUUCAGCUUUUGUUUUGAACGAAUUCCCUGGCACAUGAUUUUUGAAGUGUCUGGUUACUUCGGGAAAGCUUUGGGAAUAUUAGACUAAACAAUAAUUUUAUUUACUUUUGCUUCCAGAUAAAGAAAUGCCUUUGUUGCGCGGAGGGACCACGGAGACGAAGGACGCCACUGAUGAAGUGCAGAAAAUCUGUGAUGAGGUUAAGCCUCAUGCGGAGGAAAAAGCCGGAAAAACGUUUGACGUCUUCACUGCUAAAUCCUACAAGACACAGGUGGUAGCUGGGACAAACUAUUUCAUCAAGGUCCACGUGGGUGGCGAGGACUUUGUUCACCUGCGUGUCUAUAAGAUGUUGCCUUGCGCUGGAGAAAAACUGGAACUUACUGGAAUACAGACACCCAAAGCCCAUCAUGACCCCAUUGAAUACUUCGAACAUAUGUUCCAUUGAGAAAGAAACACCAUAGAAACUACAGUAACGCUCACAAACAGGGACUGUAUUUGUUGCUAAUUAUGACAUCUUUAUUCUAUCUUAAUUCCUGAACUGACAAGAAAUGAGCUGCUUCUUCAGUUAAUAAAAAUGCAGUGGUAAAUAUCA